UCGGAAUGGUAUUGUGCACCACGUAGGAUGGAAUACUUGCGAGUCGCAGUAUUUUAGGAUGAUAAUACAGUCGCAAACAACGGUGUACUACCGACGAAAAUGAACUUGUUCUCGGAUGGCCGGAAGUUAUGUGCGUUGUUGUUACUUGGUUCCCUGGGCGUCAUCAUAGGGACCAAUGGCCAGGCAAGCCUCACUAUUCAGUGGGACUACCUGAAUAAAGAAAGCUUGCAGGAGAAUGGAGUAGUAUGUCGAUUCACCUUCUGGAUGGGGUGUGAUAUUCAAUUUCACUUCUGUUUUCGAAAAGGCGGGAUUAGCACUUCGGAGAACUGCAACCUUUAUUUUGUGACCACAAAAGAAUACAAAGAUGUCAAGACAAUGAAAGAUCAGUUGACAAUUGAACUCCCACAACCUCUACCGAGUUCAUACGCAUUUGAACUAAAAAUUGAUUCAAGAAAUACCAGGCGAUUGCUCAGACGCAUUGCAAGUUAUAAAGCAACUGAGUUCCACCUCAUUCCCGACGGCAGAAUGGUCAACUUGCCAAUAGCACGUUCCGUCACUGUGAGAAAUACUGUAAGCCAGGUGAAGAACGUUACACAUGUACUCCAGAUGGAAAUAGAACAUGCAAUAAAGGCUAAUUGGAUUCUCGGAGCGUUUGCUGCCCUCUGUGGUCUAGUCGUCCUCAUCGCAUUAGUAUUGACGUGCUGCCUGAUUUUGUACUGCAGAACAAGACACCGUCGCCGAUCCAACAAUAAAAGAAUCAUACUAUCGUCCAUUAUGUCUGCCGAGGAACAGCUUAUAAAACCCUUAUCCCAGAUGAACGAAGUUAGUCGACCGAGGUUUUGGGUACCGUCAGGAGGACCCCAAGAUAGAGUUUGCCCGUGUGAGGUGAAACGAACGACAGCCAAUUCCCCUUGUGACAGUCCCAAAGCAGACGAAUACGUUACAAUGGAUGAACUGGAAAAGUUUAUUUGCGAUCCGUUCGAUCAUGAUCAGAAUUACAAGGAAACUCCACCGGCCCUUCCGACGCGUGACCUCACUCAGAAGGAGAAAAAUGAUGGAUCUUGUUCAAACCUUUCACCGGAGCAAUCAUCUGACUCUACACUAAACAAUCUUGAUUCCACAAAUCUCUAUUUGACUGGCUACGACUUACUAAAAGAUGAGGAAGGGAAUCGUUACUCUGGCGUCCUGUGUGAUCGGGUAGACUGGUGUGUAGUAAACCCGUGUCCUGGAAACUCUACGUGUGUUACUAAACCGGAUAGUAGUGAAAGAACUUGUAUAUGUGAUGAAAAAGAUGAAACUUGUCUGCUAAGGGUCGAUCCAUGUAUUAGCAGGCCUUGUCAAAACGGCGGCAUUUGUCGGGAGAGCGAACGUGAAUCAGAUGGCUUUGUCUGUGACUGUACGGAAUUUUGGACAGGAUCCCGAUGCAAUCAACGGCUUUCUCCUUGCAUGGUUGCAAUGAAACAAGUAUUGCUGGGUCUGAAAAUGGAACCUCCCUGUUUGAAUGGCGGAAGUUGUGUGGAAAACACGGAGAACAGUUCUUUUGCUUGCCUGUGUCCACCAGGUACGAAGGGUGACCGGUGUGAGUUGACCACACAGCUCCCAACGAAGGUGAGCUUCCCCGGUUCAAUGCAUGAGCAUAUCACAUUGACGAAUCGUUCUAGGGACCAAGUCGUUCGUUCAGUUCAAACCGUUCCCUUCCGCGCAGAUUUCCAUUCAUUAUCAGGACCUCUUCAAAAGCUUAAUCUGGUCUGA